UUGCGUUUUGCAGUUUGCAGAUGCUAGUGAACAGGUCGAGGGGGUUUUAUUUGUGACAUUCGGGUUGUUGCACGGAUUCUUGAGGAUUCUGAAAAUAAGUUAAUUAAGUUAUAUAGAAAAGCGGCCGCUAACCGAUACAGAGGUACGAAAUGGUUAUCACAAGUUCAACGUACCUGCCUUCCGAAGAGGAACUGACUGUUGAGGAGGUUAACGUUGGUACAGCAUCUCUGCGCGCCGCAGCUUUUCAUAUGGGCAAACAUUGCGAGCACCACAAUAACGAAUUUAUGUUGUGCCGUCAAGAAGAGGAUGAUCCUAGAAGUUGCUUGAACGAAGGCAAAGCAGUGACUGCAUGUGCUCUGGAGUUUUUUCGCAAAUUAAAGAAAACUUGUUACGAUGAAUUUACUCAGUACGCAACCUGCCUGGACAAGAGCAGCGGAGAUAUGGCAUUUAAUCGCUGUCGGUUGACACAAGCGGUCUAUGACAAAUGUGUUUUGGAUAACUUGAAUAUAGAGCGGCCGUCCUUUGGAUAUUUCUGCGAAGUAAAGGUCCAUGAUUCACCCAGGCCCAAGCCACCACCUGAGCCCAAAGCAGUUUACCCUGAUGCUGCGCCAAAGUUACCGGACGACGCCGAACGCCUGCCAGCACGUUUUGGUGCAAGAUCCAUAUUUGGAAACUAAAUACACAUAGUAUGGAAUCAAUUUCUUAUUAACUAUUUAUAGAACAUAGUGGACGGAUUGUGUACUAUAUCAUAUCGUAGUGCUCAACUCUUGUGUACAGGAAAUGUGUAAAUACAAUCUAUACCUGUACUAUAA